UCAAUGUAUCUCAGUGUUUGCAGCUGUUUUUUUUUUUUUUUGCACCUCAUGUUUUAAGUCAGACAGUUUUGUCUUUGGUCUGCCAGUAACCAGAGUCUGUCUGUCUAACAGUAGGUGGCGGUAAUGCGCCUGAACGCUGGUUACCACCCGCCAUUAAACAUAAAAAGAAGCAGCAGAAGAAGAAGACCGGUUGAAAGGAGAAAAAAAAAAUCAGUUUAGUGGGUCACUUGGAGCAGCGGUCGACUAGUAGCCGGACGUUGGGGACGUGUAUUAAUAUAACUUGCACAGAACAAAUAUAAUCAUGCUGCUUCGUAAAGUGAGCCAGUCUUCCUCGCUGUGCGGCACCAUCCUCAGGAUGCCUCCGGUGCUGUCUGGAGGUCAGCGUCAGGUUGUAGCUGGUGUGCAAAACACCCGUCUCUAUGCCAGCCAAACCGCUCAGGCGGUGCUGGAUAAGCCAGCAGCAGUCGGAAGUGACGCUGCCUCUAAAGCUGAGAAGGCGACAGUCGCUGCUGAAUCCAAAUCAUUUGCUGUCAGCAUUUUCAAGGGGCAGAUCGCUACUCCUCAAGUGUUUCCCUUCCCCUCAGUUUUGAACGAGGAGCAGGAUCAGUUUCUCAGAGAGCUCGUGGGACCUGUUAGCAAAUUCUUUGAGGAGGUGAACGAUCCCGCCAAGAACGACGCGUUGGAGAAGGUGGAAGAUCACACCAUGGAGGGCAUGAAGGAGAUGGGUGCCUUCGGACUGCAGGUGCCGGCUGAUUUGGGUGGCCUCGGCCUCUCAAACACACAGUACGCUCGACUGGUUGAGAUCGUCGGCAGUCACGACCUGGGUGUCGGCAUCACUCUAGGUGCCCACCAGUCCAUCGGCUUCAAGGGCAUUCUGCUUUUCGGAAAUCCGGCCCAGAAGGAGAAGUACCUGCCUAAACUCGCCACAGGUGAAAACAUCGCCGCCUUUUGCCUGACUGAACCGGCCAGUGGUUCGGACGCCGCCUCCAUCAAAACCACCGCGGUACAGUCGCCCUGCGGACAGUACUUUACUCUCAGCGGAAGCAAGAUCUGGAUCAGCAACGGAGGUCUGGCUGAGAUCUUCACAGUGUUCGCCAAGACCCCUAUGAAGGAUCCCAAGACAGGAGAGAUGAAGGACAAGAUCACAGCGUUCGUCGUGGAGAGGAGCUUUGGCGGGGUGACACACGGGCCUCCCGAGAAGAAGAUGGGCAUCAAGGCCUCCAACACGGCCGAGGUCUACUUCGAUAACGUUCGUGUGCCAGCCGACUGCGUGCUGGGCGAGGUGGGCGGAGGCUUCAAAGUGGCCAUGAACAUCCUGAAUAACGGGAGAUUCGGCAUGGCGGCUGCCCUCUCCGGCACCAUGAAAGGAGUCAUCAACAAAGCUGUGGACCAUGCAGCCAACAGGACCCAAUUCGGGAACAAGAUCCACAACUACGGAGCCAUCCAGGAGAAGAUGGCUCGCAUGGCAAUGCUGCAAUAUGUCACUGAGUCAAUGGCCUAUAUGAUCAGCGGCAACAUGGACAGCGGAGCAACUGAGUUCCAGAUAGAAGCUGCCAUCAGCAAGAUCUUUGCCUCUGAAGCAGCAUGGACUGUGACAGACGAGUGCAUUCAGGUCAUGGGCGGCAUGGGUUUCAUGAAGGACUCCGGAGUGGAGAGAGUCAUGAGGGAUUUGAGGAUUUUCCGCAUCUUUGAGGGCACGAACGACAUCCUCAGGCUUUUUGUGGCCCUCAACGGCUUCCAGAAUGCUGGUAACCAGCUGAAGGGCUUACAAAAGGCCCUGAAGAACCCUCUGGGCAACGCCGGGCUUCUUGCAGGAGAAAUCACCAAGAGAGCCAAGAGGAAGGCUGGUUUGAGCACAGGUCUGACUCUGCAGGGAACCGUUCACCCUGAGCUGGCACACAGCGGCGAACUGACAGUUAAAGCCAUCGAACAGUUCGGAGCGGUCAUUGAGGAGCUGCUGAUCAAACACGGCAAGAAGAUUAUCGACGAGCAGUUUGUCUUGAAGAGAGUGGCAGACUGCGCCAUUGAUCUGUACGCCAUGAUUGUCGUCCUGUCCAGGGCUUCACGCUCUCUGAGUCAAGGCCACGCCGCAGCUCAGCAUGAGAAGAUGCUGUGUGAGACCUGGUGUAUGGAGGCCUACGAGAGAGUCAUACGGGACAUCAAGACUCUGCGCUCCGGCGAGUCCAGACAACUCUUCAAGAACCUGCGGGCCAUCUCUACGGCGGUGGUGGAGAACGGCGGGGUGGUCUCUCCUCACCCUCUGGGUUUCUAAGCACACUACGCUUCCCGUAUCCUGAUGUCUGCUCUUCUGUUUCCAUUUUUCUUUUUUUUUUUCCACUCUUCCGGAUCUCUAACCUGCUUCUUGGUCAUGUUCACCAAGUCCCCUCAUACAUUUUUUAUUCAUCAACUUUACAGCUCCAUCACACAUCAGUGCCCUUUUUAUCCGCUCUGUAUAAUUAAGCUUUCAUGCGUGAAUUCGAUUGAUAAGCGAUUUUGCUGCCGUGGGGGGGGAAACCUGUUUUUUCAUUCACAUCAUUUAUUUAUUUAAUGCUGAUGACAGGUUGUAGCUGUCAGAAUAUCAUCGUUUUGAACUUAAAGCAUGAAAAACUCAAACUGAAUUUUAAGGUUGAGUUGAAUGGAAAGUAAAAAUCAUGAAAAUUAGUCAAUGGGUUUAAAAAAAAAAAAAAAAAAAAUCACUAUUUCCUCAAAUUGUUCAGCCCAUCUAUCACCUGCAUUUAACAACCAUUGAUGACUGAAUGUCUUUAAUGAUCUUUUGAUUUAAUCUGUUGAAACUUUACUAAGUUACAGUGUUUUUUUUUUUUCGUUGAUUAAACAUAAAUACAACAACAUCAAUGCAACUUUAGAUACGCCAGUCAAUGAACAAAUUUGUGAUUUAAUUUAUUCACAAAAAGUAUUUCAAAGGACUGAUUUAUUAUUUUUUUCCUUUUAAUUUCUUCACAUAUCUCCACUGUGUUCAAAUGUAUAUAAUGGUGUGGUGUUUAUGUACAUGAUUCCUUUUCUGCAUGUCAAGCUCACUCGGUGCUCAUCACGAUUAACAUUAACGUCCGGAGCAAAAACCUUUUUGCCUUACAAACUGAUCCGCAGAUGCUGUUCAGACUCCCUGCUGCGACUUUUAGUCAUAACACAAAAACCAGUGUGCAGGUCAACAUCAUUCUUUACUAAUAGCUGUCACAUUAACGACCUAAGAAUUUUAUUUUCUCUGCUAAAAGGUAGCAGGCAUCAUUAACUGUAAUUGUACAAAAUUAACCAUCGGGCUUGCAAACCUGGUUUUUAAAUAUUUUUAACAAAUAGCUGUAAUUUGUUACAGACAUCAGGGUUGUGUACAUAUAAUGGUGGUACUUUAAUAAUAAACAGGUAAAUAUAUACUUAUGAAAAGUUUAAAUUGUGUUAAAGCAUCCAUAAAACCUAAAUCAUGUCUGCACAUUUUUUUUUUUUUGCCUCGCCAUGAUUUGUGUUGUGACAAACAACGCCUGCUGCUCAGUCAGUAACCGGUUGUCUGAAUGCUGAAUGUGCAUGUCGGGUGAUUUAAUAACAGGUAAUAUGAUAACGUGACUUUAAAGGGAAUAUACAGUAUGUUUUGGUAGAAUGACAGUGUUUUUGCAGAUCUUCUUUGAGAGUUUUGGUUUAAUAAAGCAGUUACCCACUGGGAUAAAUCUGUUCAACUGUCUAGCCGUUUAUCUGUCAAGCCGACACCGGUGAAAGCAAUGGAUGUCCUUAUUACUUUAAUUUAUUUGUGCCGCCCAUUUUUCUGUCUUUAAGCCUGAAUAUUGUUGCAGUACAGCUAUUGCCUCUGUUUAAAUCCAGAUCCUUAAAACAUUUUGUCUCCAUAUCUGUGAAUGUCGCUUUUAAACAAGCCAAACUACACUUUCUGGUUUCCUUAAACUCUUCUUGUAAAAGCUUUUGUAACCUGUAUAAAAACAAUUACAUGUUGUAAGCUCAGCAAAAAUAAAAAAAAAAUUCCA